UAUAGUCGUGUGUACCUAUUACUGCUUAUAAUGCAUUUUUGCUUUUCUUUUGCGGAAAACAUCGAUCGACUGUCGUUUGAGAUUUCUAUCACUUACAAACAAUAUUUUUUUUUUUUUCGUAGGCAAAAUGGGUAUGCUGUUCCCCGCGAUCGUGGCAAUGGGCGUCGUGAUAUCCGACGUGUUUGGCCCAUUUGAACAGUAUGAUAAUCGCCGACCUUUCAGCAUACCGUUCAACGUGUAUUGCUGCUUGUUCGUUGUGUUACACGCGAUCGGAUUGUGUUUCGUACCUAAACCGCCGUACUCAACACCGAACAAUUUUUUCGAACCAAACCAUAGCAACGACGAAUGUCUGAGUACUAUAAAUUUGUUGGACGAACCCUACAGGAUGGACGUAUUGCACCCAAUGUUUAAUUCCGAUUACCGGAACAUAUAUCGACGAAGCUCAUGGCAGAUAUUGGAAGCAUUUAGUCACCGUGCGGAUCGCAAAGCACUGCUGAUCGCCGUUGGAUGUAUGUUUUUCCACCAAAUGUCUGGAAUGAAUGUAAUAAUAUCGUACAUGUUUUCUGUAAUGAAAAUGGCUGAUAUUGAUGUCGACCCUAAAACGAUAUACAUCACAUUAGGACUCGUUCAAGUCAUUACGAUGCAUGUCGCAAUAAUUAUCAUAGACAGCAAAGGUCGUCGUAUGUUAUUAAUAUAUUCGGCAGUGAUUAUGUGUCUAUGUUUGGUUGGUUUGGCGUUCUGCAUCAUUAUUAAAAUGCAACUAAAUGCUACUACGUUCAGUGAUAUAUCGAUGGUUCUCGUUAUGUUUUUCAUUGUGGCGUAUUCUUUAGGAUUUGGACCUGUCCCUUGGGUUAUAUUGGGAGAAAUAUUUUCGACCAAAGUAAAGUCGUACGGAAUAAGCUUUACAUCAGCUAUAAACUGGCUACUAGUCUUAGCAAAUGCUUACUUUCCAUACGAAAUGAACCAGUUUUUCGACAUCGAAUAUUUAUUUUUGUUUCACUUUGUGUUAUGCGUUUCUGGUGCAUUAUUUGUGUGGUGGUUUGUACCAGAAACAAAAAAAUUCAGCUUAAUAGAUGUCCAGAGGCAAUUAGACAUCGAUAAUGAACAUAUAUAUUACAUACCAGUAUAAUAAUAUAAUAUGUCAACUCCGUGUGGCGUUGCCUCACCUGCAUGUGACGAUAUGUCACAAGAAAAAUGGCUAUUUCUUUGUAUUGUGAUAUUGUUGACCUUUAUUAUUUGUUUUUCAUUAUAUGCUUUAUUUAUUCAUACCUAUAUUACUUAACCAUUGGAUUGUGUCAUCCGACCUACUUAUUAUGGUAAAUCAAUUUUUUUAGUAACAAAUAAAUAACUAUUUUAUUACUUACUUAGGUAAUAAAAGUAUUUAUUAAGCUCUUUUUUUAAUUUGACAUAUUUUACCUGUA